UUGAGAUAUUUGAGGAGAUAAUUAACAACUACAACUCAUCAGAUCACUUCGGAUUUUUCUCGUAAAAAUCUCUCACACUGUUAGUCAUUUUUUAAAGGAAUCGUGGGGUUUUCGUAAUCUGGUAGACAUGGCAUUGGGGAAGAAGAAACUAGGUGACGUGAAAUCAUCAUCAAACUCAAAUGGAAACGUAUUUGGUACUGAGGGAGGAAUAGGGCUAGGGUUAGAGUUUGUUAAGUACAAUAAGAGAGGAUUAGGGAGGAAGAGAAUACUGAUGUCAGGCAGCAAGAUUCGGGAUUCUACUAAAACCCACGAAGAAACAUUGGUGAAAAGUAGUGGAAAACUCGAAGCUCUACCUCAAGAUAUUUUGGUAAGGAUUAUAUGUGGAGUGGAGCAUGAAUACUUGAAGCAAUUGUUUAAUGUGUCCAAGACUAUACGAGAAGCUACAUUGAUAGCUAAGAAAUCGCAUUUCGAGUAUACUACACCAAGGAAAACUCUGUUUUCCCGGAGGAGUGGACUUGAAUCAAUGAUCGAGGGAGAUAAAAUCAAAGCUCCAUUGCAGAAAAAGUACGGCUUCUCGAGGAUACUCUGCCACAAGAAAGUUUCUAAAAUCUCAAUGGCUCUUUUCAAAUGAAUAUAUGGCAACAACUUGGGUUUGAAGAUCAAUGUCUUUCACCCAUACAUCUCUCAUUGUUGCUGCAAAUAUUAUAAGAAGAUUGUACAUGAGACGCUAUCACACAAUCCGGUUUCUUCAAGAGCUUUUGUUGAAGAAACCAGUCUCUUUUAGGAGUCUUGUUUAGCUUUCUUCUAGGGGUUUAUAGUUCUUUGUAAAUUGUUGUUAGAUAGAAAGUGGGAUGAUAAGGCCUUUGCAAUGCUAAGCUUGGAACACGGCCGUAAUCGUUUCCGAUGAAUUUUCAAAAGAAACAGAGGAGCUAGAAAUUUACUUGAGAGGUAAGCAAGCUUGGUUGGAUAUAGAAAUCGACUACGGC